UCAUACGGUUACAGGAUUUUUAUGCCGCCCAGAGUUUGUUGUGCACUCAAUCCAGAGGAACUCAACAAAGGCAAUGAUAGAGUCUUUGACCCUACCGCGCUAGACAACAUGGUUAGGGAGAACCUUCCUCCCACCGAUUGGUCCAAGGCAAAACUGGUUUUCCUCUCGAUGUGCCACCGCGAGCACAUCUCUGUCUAUUGCAUAAACUUCCGGCACACUCGCAUUGAUGUACUUGACUCCCUUGACUACAAAUCCAUCGGAACAGAAUGGGAACAACAUCACGACAAAGAAUUUUGUGAUACCAUGAUGCAGCGUUUGAGUGAUUCUUUUCAGAGGAUUUCUAAGAAAGAUUUCAAGGUUUUUGCAAACAUGAGGCGCGUCCCCUUUACUGAAGCUCCCGUAAUGGUUAAUAGGAAUGACUGCGCCUUCUUCUCUAUGAAGUUCAUAGAGUUCUUUGACGGAGAGGAGUCUUCACUUCGCACUUCAAUUGCGCCCGAGAAGUCUGGUGAGCUCCGAUCCGAGAUGCUCCAUUACUUGUUGUUUCACACUCUGAACGAUAAAAAAGAUAUGCCUCCUGAGAUCGAGCGGUUCCGCUAUCUGGAGUUCCGUUUUAGUUCGAACACAUAA